GCCACAAUGAUUCUAAGGGUCCUUGCUCUGCUGUUGGCAGUGUCUUUUGCCUCGGCUGCCAUUAAUACUCGGAACUUAUGGCAGUUCCGCAACAUAAUCAAAUGCGUCAUUCCAUCCAGUGAUCCUUACUUUGACUACAACGACUAUGGAUGUUACUGUGGAAUAGGAGGCAGCGGGACUCCUGUGGAUGCACUUGACCGAUGCUGCCAAACCCAUGACAAAUGCUACUCAGACUCAAAAGGACACUGUAAUGGCAUUCUUGACAGCCCCUACAUUGAGCUCUAUGCAUACACUUGUUCUGGAACAAGUGUCACUUGCUCAUCUAGUAACAACGCCUGUGAAAAGUUUAUCUGUGAUUGCGACAGAAAUGCUGCCAUUUGCUUCUCUAGAGCUGGAUAUAAUUCAGCCUACAAAAACCUGGACAAGAAGAAAUUCUGCUAAUGCCACAGCCAUGGCUAUGCUGACUUUAUUCAUACACAGGACAUGGAAGGGGCGUAGGCUUGCAUAGUUUUAUGAACUAUAAUAAACUCUCCUAAAGCU